AUGUCAACUACCGAAAUUGAAAAGGUUGUCAAGGGUGCCUCUUACUCCGCCCUUUUACUCAACGAUUGUGGUCUCCCCAUUACUGCCGCUAACAUCGCUGCUCUCUUCAAGACUGCUAAGCUUAACGGUCACGAAACUACCUUCAAGACCUUCGAAGAUUUCCUCAAGACUAACCCCAUCACCAACUACAUCGGUGCUAUUGGUGGAUCUGCCCCCGCUGCUGCUUCCUCUGCUCCCGCUAAGAAGGAAGAACCUAAGAAGGAAGAACCCAAGAAGGAAGAACCCAAGGAAGAAGAAACUGAUAUGGAUAUGGGUGAUCUCUUCGGUUGA